AUGAUUCUUCUCUACCAAAUGUGUUUUCUAAUUUGGUAUUUCAAUGAAAAUGAAUCGAAUAUCAAAGAUAGAGAUUAUUUUUUUACUGCGAUUAACUCUGAAUUCGAACAAAUCUCACGUCAACUCGAACCAUUUGUAUUAAAACUGCCGAAUUUCUUCGAUAAGAACUCACAAGAUUGGUUUUCUAAUUCGACAUUUUACAAACGAUAUUCUUCGCAAUGUUUUGAUAAUGAUUGUGAGAAAAAUGGAUUUUAUUUCAACGAUCCCAAAGAACAUUUGAACGUUUCCGUCACUUUAGUUCAAAAUGGCGUUUAUUACGAUGAUUCUUGUGGAUAUAAUUAUGAUGAAAAAGCUCUUCGAAGGACGUUUGUAUCAGAAAAUCAUGUUUCAGCUGUUUAUGAACAAGUGAUCAUUUAUACGGUACCGGAUGGAUGGAGUUUUCAACAUUUUCUCGAUGGAAUUGGACCGAAGUUAGCGAUUUCGAGAAAAUAUUUAGAUCAAUAUCCUGAUUCGAAAGUUUUAAUCAUAAAAGGACCAAGAUUUGAUCGAUCUGUUCAAGAAAUAUGGAAUUUUCUCGGUGUAAACCAAUCGAAACGAAUUAUUCAUUAUAAUCGUCGAAUGAAAAUCGGUGCAAAACUCCUGAUAAAUCCAUGUCGAACACCUGGUAUUCAUCCUUUUCUAUGGUACAAUGCUCGUUCAAUGUAUUGGUCGUUGAUAAAUCUUCAGAAAUUUCAAUCAAAUCUGCUCAUUUAUGUACAACGAACGAGUGAAAAUGCGAAGAACGGUGGUCGACUUAUUCAAAAUGAAAAUCUUGUUAUUGAUUAUCUUCAUGAAUAUGCACAGAAAUCGUCUUUAAUUUAUAUUGAAUAUGAUCAUUCGAAACAUAAUGAAAACAUUCAAAAACAGAUUGAACUAUUUUCCAAUGCUCAGAUUAUAUUUGGUAUUCAUGGUGGAGCUUUAUCAAACAUCAAUUUCGCUUCAUCAAAAACAAUAAUUAUUGAAAUCAUGCCUUAUCGAUCUGAUAAAAGUUCAUUACCCAUUGUUUGUUCAAAAUCUGAUCCAAAUCGAUUUACACCAUGUGGUGGAUAUAGUUAUUAUGUACAAGCGAACUUACUCAAUCAAUCCUAUUGGAUUUUACCAUCUGUUGUCGAUCAACAAAACAAUGUUAAUGUUAACAUGACUAAACUUAGAUUACUUUUCAAUUCAUUGACUAUUUCACAUUAG